AUGAUUUACGAAUCGCAUAAUCAGAAAGCUCUCAAACGUAGAGCAGUGAACCGUGCUGAGCAGGUUAGUGGGCAUCUGAUGUCCCGUCCUGUGUAUGCUCGAGAGGACAUGGCUGCAACUCGCAUGCAGCCAGCCACUGGUACACCAUCAUUCGUACAUCAUCAAACUGGUCUGCCUACGAAGAUGGUGCCUAGUCCUGAGCACAGCCCUGCUUCUACCGCUGCGUCUCUUCCAUCCUUCAAGUAUCUUGCUCAGGUCGCUGAUCAGUCGAACCUUCAAUACAUGCGGGCUCCUUCGCUUGGGUGUGAGUAUGUCCCAGUUCCUCUCAUCAGGACGGAGUCUACAUAUGUUUCGCCUCCUGAGUCUGUCGCUUCACCCACCCCUACUCCGUCUAGGUCUGUUUCGCCAGUCAUGACGCACAUGGUGUUGCCUAUCAGGCGAGCCAAGAGACAGAGUCCUUCUUACAGAGUUGAGAAGAAGACCAAGCCUGCAAAACGCAAGGACUACUCUUCGAUGGCCCAGGCACAAGAAAUCGAGAAUAACCGACGAAUUGAUGAGGCCCAACACCCCUACAAAGAGGGUAUCCAGAUGCCCGUCAAUGGCUACCUCAUGCCUGGCGGCAACUCGAACCAUGUUGACGGCCAUCGAUCAUUCCCUCGAUUUGAUCGUCCAUAUGUGCCUCGCGAGGCCAAGCGUGCCAAAUCGGUGACUGGCAGCAGCGACCCCAACACUAGGCACAACGUUGCACAGACUCAUCUUCGAGCUGAGAAAGGGGGCUCAAGAAUGGUUCUGCAACGUCUGCUCGUCAGUGGCUUGGGCUGGAGAGGUCAUAAGCUCCAGACGGUAGUCAAUGCUAAGAGCAGUGGCAUGCUGUAUGAGGAGAAGGACUUGCUGCAAGCCAGCACCCAAUUCAAUGCUUUUGCUAUCGUCAUCAUGCAAGAGCUCUUCGGGGUAAGAGGUAUGCAAGAGCUUGGCAGCAUGCUUGACCUGUUUGAACCAGAGGAUGUUCAGCCUGCAGAUGUGGUGAGAGGCCCGCUUGACGAUGACAAGACAUACGGCCUCAAGUGUCAAGCAGCCAGGAUCCAGGUCAUCGAAGAGGCACAUCUGCCGCUCGGUCUGAAGAACGUGCGGAGCCGAGACGAGCUUCUCCAAAUCAUCGAGCAGAAGCUGAUGCCUAUUGCCAGCGACUACGGCAGAGUUGCAUUACAACAAAUGUUCUUUUCUAAGCCCAGACAAGACCGGGCUAUGUUUUGA